GGCGCCGUCUGCCAGGAAAUACAGCGCGGCAAAGAAACUGAAAUGUCAGGAUUGAGGCGCUGCUGCUACGGCUUCCCUGCUCGCCACUGCUUCGCUACUGUUCACAAAACCCUAAUCAGUUAUCGGUGCUACGAUUCCAGGAUUUUCCUUCCCACUACUGCAUCGCUGUUGGAUUCCCGCCUCCCCAUUUCCGUUUCCGCGCCAUUGGAGAAACGAAGCUUCUCCGCUCCCGCCGUCGAUUAUCCUCUUCCGGGUAUUGCCUGCGUUGAGCCCAAGUUGCUAUUUUUCUUUAUAUGAGUUUGUUUCUUUUCUGCACUGUUUAAUCUUUGAUACAGGAGUCGACGACGUUCUGGUUGGGUAUUUGUUGGGGAAGAAGAAGGCAACUGAAGUGGCUCAUUUGUAGACUUCAGGGUAUGAAGGCGUGUGGUUCAGCCAGGGGAUACCGUGGUAGAUGCCACUUGUGGAAACGUUCAUAACACUCUAGAGAUGGUUAAAAUGGUUUCUGACGAAUCGGGCAGAGGGCGUGUCUAUGGACUGGACAUUCAGAAGGAUGCUUUGUACACUACUUCGUCUUUGCUUGAUGAGAGUCUCAGUCCCAGGGAGAGGGAACUUGUCAAGCCUUCCGGCAUCUGCCACAGUAGAAUGGAAGAAAUUGUACCAGAAAAUAGUCCAGUUAGGCUUGUGGCAUUCAACCUGGGCUAUCUUCCAGGGGGCAACAAAGAUAUCAUCACAGUUCCACAAACAACCCGGUUAGCCUUAGUUGUUUACAUAGGGCAUCCUGGUGGAAGGGAAGAAUUGGAGGCUGUUGAAGGUUUUGCUUCAGGAUUACCUGCUGAUGAAUGGAGCUGAUGCAAGUUCCAGAUGUUAAACAGGUCUUUAGCUCCUGUAUUGGUUUUCUUGUUUAAGAGAUGACUUGAUGAUCAAGCUGUUAUUCUGCAAUCUUUCUGGUAAACUAUAAAUGUUUGGGUUUGAGUUUGUAAUGCAAUUUCAAGAAUUUUUCAUGUUGUUAAU